AAGCUAAAACCAUGAAUGUCAUCAAGAAUGUUCUUGUCAUACUGUUUGUUGUCACAGUUUGUGAAGUAUGUGCGGCUUUUAAUUGCUACGACUGUGACCUCCCUUACAUCUAUGAUGAUGAUGAUGAAGAAUGUUUAAAACCUGGUGACAGCACAGAUACCGAACAAUGUAACAGUUACUGUUCGACUGCUGUCAUGUUUUCGAAUGACGAUUUGACGUCAGUCACCCGUUCAUGCCACCCUAUUUGUAGGGAGAUUGACUACAUCCAUUCAGGAACUGGUGGAAAGAAACGUGCUGUGAAUCUGAUAAAUGCAACAGCAAAGCGUACAAUACAGCUGCUCAUGGUGUAGCUUCACUCGUUGCUAUAGUAACAGCUGUUACUGCUGCAAUACUGCUAGCUUAAGGAGCUAUAUUCACCGUCAUACGUGCCAAAGUGCACCAAUUUAAGUUUAGCUUAGUUUAGUUUCAUUUUUUUCCCCAGUCGUAUGACCUCUGACACGAUUCACAUACGCCAUGAGCUACGACAGGAAAUAACUUACACUGAUUGCGCACCGCAAAACUAAUAGUUUAGAAUUAUCUCAACUAAAUCUUUAUCGCUAGAGCGAGAUUUCAACGAAACUUGUUUCUUCCUUCGAAUAACGUUCUAUCUCCUCCGCCAUCACGUUUUCCACAGAUCUACGUAACCAUGGUAACCAUGUGUAUAGAAAACAAAAGAACACCAUUUGAAGCAACAAUCAAGUUUCUUAACUCGUCGUAUCGUCUCAAUAAAAUAUCAGUGAGCUGUUGUGUUUCAGGCAUGAUCAAAGCUCAAUAAAAAUACAUUUAGUCACAA